CCGCCCUGUCACAGUCUCGCUGCGAAUGGUGUCGUAAACAUCUGUUUUGUGUUUGCCUUUUGCUUCCAGGCACGCGCGCUCUCUGAACGCUUUCUCUGAACGCUCUCUUGCUCGCUCGCUCUCCUGCUGUUGGCAGCAUCCUGUUAGGAUGGCACUCUGUGGCACAGCAUCGCAUCAGUUCCAGCAUCAACGCCACGGCGCACGGAGCCAGCGUUCUCGACUCGCGGCAAUAUCAGCAGCAGCAGCAGCACCAGCACCAGCAGCAGCAGCAGCAAUAGCUGCCAGUCAAACGCACACACACACGUCGCACGCAAAGGCGGAGGCCCGAAAGUGAUUUUUGUGGCAAGCGAUUUUCUACAUUUUCCAGCAGACAAUUAAAAAGACAUUAGCCAGCACGGAGUUGCCACGCGUUGGCCAGCAAUUAACUGCAACACUUGAGCCACCAGGCAAACACGCAUAACUCUCACACGUAACCAAAAGUGAUUUCUCUCCGUGUGUUUUUGCUCUGCGUGCGAAAAUCGAUUGCUGUUGCCUUGCAUAAGUCCAGACUCUGGAUAUACAAACGCAGGGUAUACAGCGAAGGAGCAGCGAAAAUAACACCCUAUAAUAGUAACAGCAACAACAACAACAAGCAUGUAACAAGAGUUGCUCCUGCAACGCCCAAUGCACAAGCACAACGAACGCAAUUCUUGUCGAAAGAAAUUAAGUUUUAAUUAUUCAUAUUGAACUCAGCAGCAAGCGGAUAAUGACCAUAAUGAUCAGCUCGAUGCUGAUGAUGAUGUUGCAGCAGCAGCAGCAGCAACUGAAACAGCUCCAAAUGCAGACAAAGUGAAUAUCCAACAAUUGACAGCAACAACAAAAGCAACAACAACAACAACGAAAAGUUUAUAUAUAGCCUUAGCUGACUUGGAGUUGAAGGUGUGCGCGCGUGUGUGUGCGUGCGUGUGUGUGUGUGUGUGUGCUUGCUAACAUUUAUUUUUGGGGCCAAAAUGGAUAUCGCCCUGCGUGGCACAGCAUCAGCAACUGCCACUGGCUCGGCCACAGGCACUGGUUUACAUCAUGCUGUCUCAUUGGGCAACAUUGAGGUCUCCACCAAGGCCACCUAUUCCAGCCACAUGGACCGCAGCUACGACUCUGAAGAUGAGCACACGGGUCGUCGACGUCUGCGUCAAACGCUCUCCACCGAAUUGCAGCCUCGCACCUCCGUCUAUUCGCGCGGCGACAUAAGAGAACAGUACUGCCUAACAGAUCGUCAGCUGCAUAGCAUUGAGCAGCGUCCGCGUAGAGAGCGUUUCUUUGGCUGUCUCUCGCGCCGUGGUCAGACACAGGCGAGCAGCUUUCUGGGCGGCUGUGUGGGCAGACGUGUGCCCUCCGACGAGAACCUGGCUGCCUAUGCGCCUUUCGAGAAGUAUCCGCGCUAUCAGAACAACUAUACGGACACGCACGAAUUGGAUAGUUCCUAUUUUCGCCGUCAACCGGCAUCGAUCUUGAGCACUGGCAAGUCCAGUGAGCCGGACCUGGGUGGCCGCUACAACUGGAUAGGGCAAUCGGCGCAGAUGAACAACAACAGCGAUUACCAGACGGAUUCGAGGGCAACUUGUUGUACAGCACCACUUGAAUCCUUUUACCAGGAUGUUUUGCUACGGAAUUAUUAUGUCGAGCUUUGCGCUCCACCACAUCCUACACCACCAACAUCACACACCAAUCAAAUCGCUAAUGUAAAUGUUUGCUCGUAUCACUGCCCCACAUAUGCCACAAUGCCGAUGCCACAGCAGCAGCAACAGCAGCAGCACCACCAGCACCAGUCUGGCAAUCCCAGAACUAAGCACGUGAGCUUCGCUCGAUCUCAUACCCUAACCAGCUUCGACACUGUCAAUGCGGGCUUUCGCUCCUCGGGUCGCUUGAAAAGCGCGCGCAGUCAGGAGCGCUUGAUUGGUGGCAAGAAGCCCAUCAUUGCCACGGGCUCCAUGUACGAGACUCUGCAGCCCAUGCUCACGCAUCAACAACACCAACAACAACACCAACAACAACAACAGCAGCAACAGCAACAGCAACAGCAACAGCAACAGCAGCAACAACAGCCGCAGCAGCAAAGCUCUACGCUGCCGAAAACUUGGCUGCCAGCUCAGGUGCAGCUGAAGCCGUGUCAGCAUCAUCAUGCGCCCAUUCAUCUACACCAGCCGCUGCCAGAUAACAUGCUGGGUCUGAUUAUACCGCAGCCACUGCCAGUGGCGCUGCCACCGCCCAGUCCCGAGGUUCUUAUUGUGGAGAAAAAGUUCCGCAAUGCCAUGAAAACGCAGGCCACCCAAACCGAUGUGGCAGCGCGUCGCGAGGGUCUCUCCAACUCACAGCUGCUGGCCUUCAGCCCACGUGCGCCACAUCGCAUCCAGGUCAUGUCCCAAGGCGCCCAGACUAACGGCCUGCAGAAUGGCAAGAAGCUAACGAAGAGCCUCUCGGAGAUACCCAAUGGCAAGGAUCUAAAGCAUCAGCAUUAUCAGGGCUCGAACUAUCCGCACGAAUUGAUAUAUCGCACCCAAUCGCAGGAUGUGGUGCCAUUGCAGACACUCUCCGAUGCUCAGAAUAAUAUUAUGUACUACAAGCCGCCGCCGCCGUUGCUGGACGCGCAUAGCUACGGCCUGGGCAUGGAGCACCUGAGUCGCGGACGCGGCGAGCAGAAUGUGGAGUAUGUGAAUGUGAAUGCAGCUGCCAUGGCGCUCAACGAGAGCUUCGACUACGAGAGCAACAGCUUGCCGCGUCGCGCCUGCACCUCGCACGCGCGCACCGAGACGGAUUACUAUUCGAACAGCCUGCCCAGGCAUGCGGAUGCUUUGCACAGCCAUGAUGUUUGCAAGCACAUCACGGAGUGCGCCGAGCUGAUGACAGACAGCGUUCCACUGGACUUCACGCGGCCUCACUUGCUGCCGCCGCCCAGCGAGUAUUGCAAGAACGACGACGAGGCCGUGGAGGAGUACUACGACGACGAGGAGGAGGAGGAAGAUGUGAGGGCCCAUGAAACGGAGAGCUACAGCUCCGAGGUGUGCAUGGACCAGGUGAUGGCCGCUGCCCAGCAACGUCGCAUGUCCAUGCUGCCCAUGGAGGAGUCACCCUUCAGGCGGGACGAUGUGCGCCGGCAGUCCAUGCCGGUCUAUGGGCAAACGGAGAAGCUGAUCGAUGGCUUCGGACCACGCAGCUCGUUCCGGCAUCGCGAUAAGGUCAGUUGCUUUUCGGACGUGCCGUCGCCCAGGGACGAACAGGAAAUCUUCAUAGACUUCAAGCCACACGUUUCGCCCAAGCCCAGUCCCAAGCAGCAGCUGAAGCAUCGGAAGCAGCACAAGGCGGAGAUAGCUAUGCGCAAGAUGCAGCAGCAGCGCCUGGCACAGGCGGCCGCCUUGACGCUGCCCAAGCUGAAGCAGCAGCCAGUCGAGAUUGAGGCUAGAAAAGUUGAGCUUGGGCACAGCGACGAAGAGGAGGACGACGACGAGGAGGAGGACGAGCCGGAGGAAGCCAGCGAGCAGGUGCACCAAGAGCACGAACCCGACUCCGAGCAACACCAAGCCGACGACGAUGAGCCACUCUAUGAGAAUAUUACGCCAUGCAGCUGUAAGAUAGAGCCAGCUGCCACGGAAAUCCUGGACAAGCGCACCCAGUUCCGCAAGCGCUCAGUGAGUCUGGACGACGAUUAUACUGCCAUGACAACCAUCUGUCCUCCACCUGGCUUGCGUCUGCCCUCCACGCCGGCCAGCCCCUGCCGCGAUGAGCUGCUGCUGGCCAAUGUCUCAACUUAUCCAUCCUCAGACUCGCUGGCCAAUGAUAAUACGCGCGAUCACUCCGACGGCAUUUGGAACGAGUCACAGGUCACUGUGCUAACAGCCGAGCAGAAGGAUAUUUCCGAUGGUUCCUACAGCUCCAAUCUGCUGCUGACACCCUCGUCCAAGCGGAAGAAUCUGCUGCUGCAGCAUCAGCAGCGCAGCUCCGUGGACACGGAUGCUCUAGACUUGGAGGAACUGAGUCCCACCUAUGGCCUCCAGACACUGCCCAAGAUCAUAAAAGCGCCCACGCCCACAUCCACAAAGCCCGCUACAGCGCCCACUCAACCGAUCAUAAUGCCCGCCAUAGCCGUGACGCCCUCGAGCAAUCAGCUGCCGGACACGAUUAGCUCGCCGCUGCCCAAGCGUAGCAUGGUCUCUCGAGGCUCAGUGCCGGACGCACGUCAACUGAUGUAUGUGGCCGGAGUGCCCAAACAGCGCCACUCGGAUGCCUCGUUUCUGCCCUCUGGCGUGGACUAUGCGCGCAGCGCAGACAUUUCGGAGUGCAGCACAAAUACAGAUGAGUAUGCCACCUGCACGGACACAUCGAAACGUACACCAGGUAUUAAGACACCGCCGACAACGACUAGCUCAUCGUCGACAACACAAGUGCCAGUAUCCACUCAAAGCUCACAGUUGGAGAAGACACAUGCCGGCAGCUCCUUCGAGAGCGCCAGCUCGCUUUACUCCAUGCGCGAGGAUCUGCUGCAGCACGACGAGAAGCCGUCCGUGAAGUCGACGCAGCUCAAGUCGCCCUUGGGCUCGGCCACUGAGCUGACGCGGAAGUCGCCAUCGCACUCGAUAAGCAGCACCACUUCGUCGGGCAGCUGCCAAGUGUCCGGCCAAGCCAUCAAGUCACCAGCCAAGGAGUGCGAGCCUCAGACCGUGAGCAGCGCGCCCAGCGGACAGAUGAAGGUGAGCGCGGCGGAAAUGACACCGCAGAAGCCCAAGCCGGAGUCCAUAUCGGAAGAUGAGCGCAGCGAGGUGCGCUACUCCUCCUCCGGCUACUAUGAGAGUCCACACGAAGAGGACGACGAGGAGCAGAUAACCCCCAACUGCAAGGCGCGACGUCAGCGCCAGGAUGACGAGCGCAAGCGACGCAAGACCAGCAUGAAACUGGACAUUGAGAAGGAAAACAUGCGCGCUCUGACCAGUCCCAUCAAGAAGCCCCACGGCGCAGUCAAGGUGCAGUCGCCGGAGCAGCACAGCGCCGGCAUUCUGGAAGGCGGCGGCAGUCCCAGCAAGAUGAAACGUUUCCGUCCCAAGAUACGACGACAGUUGCGUAAGAGCUCCAGAGAGGAUGUGCUAGCUGCGGCGGCCGCUCGACGAGCACGUGCCACGCCCACCAUCUAUGGCCUCAGCAGCGUCAGCGGUGAUACGGAGCUGCUGCUGGAUGCGAGCAUGACCAGCAUUAUGAAAGCAGCAGCGGCACCAGCCCCAGCACCAGCAACAACAGCCGCCGCCACAGUUAUCACAACUACAACCACAUCCGCCUCCUCCACGGGCACAGCCACGCUGCAGGACCAGCCGCCACAUCCGAUUGUCAGAAAGCCACACAGCUGUGCGACGCCCACAGCUUUGCUGUCGCCCAAGCAGCCAGCAGCUGCGCUGCCCGCAAGCAAAUCAGCCUCGGAGGCAGGCCAACUCAAGGCCAAGUCCAUUGAGUCGCUGCGCUCCGUGUCGCCUGGCUCCGAUUCGGUCUUCUACAGCGAAGCCGAUGGCAAUGCGGCCAGCGCGGAUCAGGGCCACUGCCUGCACUGCGGCAAAGAGAUGGAGGGCAAGCAGCACAACACAGUCAGCGAGCUAGCGGGCGACUCUGUGGAGUCCAUACCCUACAUCGAGCAGGAGGCGGAUAUUGUGAAGCCGCCCUCCGACUUUGCCGACUCGCCAGUGACCACCAAGACCACCCAGCGGCUCUACAAGAAGAUGGACAAGCGCUUCAGGUCCGAGGAGCGCUACCAUGGCGAGCGCGGCAGGCACUACAAGACCAGGCAGGAGAAUAUACGUGCUAAGAGUGAGGAACGUGGUCGGGCGCCAAAUCUACCCAAUACUCCAGUACUACGGCCCGCUGGCUCCAGUCCCUGCGUGCUGCCCGAUAUCAAUACGGAACAAAGCCAGCACAUUAUCUAUAAGGGUCACUACGAUGCGGGGCGCUAUACGCGCUUGACCGACGAUGAUCUCUGGACACAGCUGGAUCAUCAGUGCUUCGAUCGUUCCCGUGAGCGUCGCGCUUCCACCGAAUCGGAGAAGGGCUUCCACGCCAAGUACCAGGUGAUCUUACAUCGACUCGUUCAGCGUCGCUGCACACUCGAGAUGUAUCAUCGCCAGAAGCACAACAAUUUCCGCGUGGACAAGACGGUUGUGGUCAAGAGCGAUUCGGGUGAGUUCGGCUUUCGCAUACAUGGCUCCAAGCCUGUGGUCGUAGCUGCCAUUGAGCCAGAGACGCCGGCGGAGAGCUCCGGCUUGGAGGUUGGCGACAUCAUCAUAUCAGUUAAUGGCGUGCAGGUGCUGGACAAGCAUCACACAGAGGUGGUCAAGAUAGCGCACGAUGGCUGCGAAAAGCUGGAGCUGCAGGUGGCGCGCACCAUCGGCGUGCUCAUGCACGAGCAGCUGGAGCCACCCAGUCAGCCCAUCUUCAGUGGCUAUCUGUGGCGCCAGAGCGGCCAGGCCAAAGGUGCGCCUAACAGCAAAAAGUGGGUGCGACGUUGGUUCUCGCUGCGCCCCGACAACUGUCUAUACUACUAUAAAACGGAAGAUGAUUCUCAGCCCGUGGGCGCCAUGAUAAUGGCCAAGCAUACUGUGGACUUGUGCCCCCUCGACAUAGGCAAGCCCUACGCCUUCAAGGUGGACUCCGGCGAGGGUAUACCCAUGUAUGUGGCCGCUGACUCGGAGGAAUUGACCAACAGAUGGUUGAAUUUGCUGCGUCAAGCGGCCAAUCAGGAGAAUCAGUGGCUGGACAAGAGUGCUCGCUGUCUGUAUCAGAGCCCCGGCAGCAUCGUGCGACCCGAUUGCUUUGGCUAUUUGCUCAAAUUGGGCUCAAGGUGGUGCGGCUGGUCGAAACGCUAUUGUGUACUUAAGGAUGCCUGUCUCUAUUUUUAUCAAGAUGCAAAUAGCAAAAGUGCAUUCGGCAUGGCCUGUUUGCAUGGCUACAAAGUGGCCUCGAUGUCGGCCAAUGCGUCCGGCAAAAAGAACUCAUUCGAGAUAAUACCACCAGAGGCGAAAUUGCGUCAUUAUUAUUUCUGCACCGAGAGCGAAAUGGACAAGAAGCGUUGGAUAUCCGCACUGGAGUACUCCAUAGAUCGUUGGAUCAAGUCCGGGUAACUAAGGUUAAAGACACGCUCCAGAUCGGCGCUCAGUAGUCGACGCAAGCGUCGCAGUUUUAGCUACUACAUGGACUAGUUAGCAUCUGGGCGGAUCGAGGGCGGGGCGGAUGGCAACAUUAGUACGGGUACUAGGUACUACCAAAAAUUAGCUCUUAAGCACAUACAAACAAGAAGUAGAGAAAGAACAACAAAUUAUAUAGCAAAUAGUCCAGAGUUUUUAUAGUUAGUAAGGACACGGAAUUUAUGCAGUCAGUCGAAUCGGGUUUAAAACUAUUUUGAAGUGCGCAUACCUCUUAGAGAGACUUGAGGUAUGUAUUCUUGUUAUAUAUAUAUAUAUACAUUACAAUAGCUUAUAGCCUAUGUUUAGUGAGGUUGUCUUGUUAUACACACACACACACGAAUACACAUACACACACAUGCAUAUAUAGCAUAUUUAGUAAGCUUAGAUAUUGUACAACAAAAACAGAAUUCAUUAGGCUUAAUCAAAUGGAAAUACUUAGGUAAUCAAAGGCUCAACCACAUAUAUAUACAUAUAUAUAGGAUAUCCAUUUUAGACGGGUAUCUUAAGCAGUGAGAUAAUAUUUACAAGAUUGAAAAUGAAAACUUAUGGCAAAAACAAAAAGCUAAAAAAUGAUGAAAAUUCAUGACCAAUUUCUGAAUCAUCCUAAAUAGCAAAUCUAUCAUCAAAUCUCGUAGAUAUAUAUGGGCUGUACCAAGGAGAGGUUUAACAUCUGUCUCAGUUCCGUUUCACAUUAGAAAGAAAUAAAAAGUUAAAUUUAUAUAAAUGAAAACGGUUUUCGUCCCUAUUGGAAACACACGUUGGCAAGCUAAGAAAAGUUUUGUUAGUUAGACACAAUUUUUAUUAUGAUAUUAUAAUUGUAUAGCUUUUUUAUGAAACAUCGAUAGGCUUGGGUUCUACGUAUAUUCUUUUGUUGCUGGGGAUUGCCAGCAGGGAAAACUAUUGAGAAUGCUGUGCGAGCCCGUUGAAUACUUAACAAUCCAGUAGUUACUUUGUCAUAUAUGCGAUUUGAUGGACAUAUAUGAUCUUAGACAUGCGCUGAUUUCCCUUCUUUUGUGGAUCAGUGUUGGCUUAUUGAAAUACAACAAAUUUUUGUUAGUGUUAAACGCACACACACUCACACACACACACAUGAAUAUAUUUUAUAUAUUUUAAAUAGAGUUUUCCAAUCAAUGAGUGUGCUAAUUCGUUUAGAUAAUACUUUUAGUAUGCAUAUACCAUAUAUACAUAUAUAUAUACAGAACAGUGUGACAGCCAGCAGACCAUUAACAAAUAUUUCAGAAAAUACUAAACGAAAAUAC